AUGGGACCCAUCAGCGAAGAGAGAAUGGAUGCCGCUUACCAGCGGAUCCUUGAUGAGAUGAACAGCCCGAAGCCGGCCAAGCAUGGAGGACCGAAAACGCCCAGACAAUAUCAGCCCCAGUCAGUCGCCGCUGGAGGCGCCUCUAAUGUUCGGACAGAGUUCAAGGCAAACUGGUUGAGAGAUGGACCGAAGGAAAUUACCCACGACCGUGUAAAUUGUCUCCCAGACCAUGAACCAGACGGACAACAACCGGCAGACGACGGCUGGUACAUUACAUCCUUUGCUCGAGCGGUAUUUGUUAUCAUCUGGAACGUCAUGUAUUACGUAUUUAUCAAGCCUUUGUGCAAAAUCAUCAAGUUGGUCUGCGUGGUCCUCGUCAUUAUGGCAUUCUUCGCCCUCGUCGUCGUAUGUGCCGUCAACAUUUCUUUAGGCGGUCUUGAAGCUCUCCGCGUCUGGGCCUGCGACAGAAUCCUCCCAAACGUCCUCUUUGGCAGCACAUGCAUCAACAUAACGCCUCCGGCAACAACAAAAUCGACCUCCCCCCUGACCCCUCUGACCCCAGCCGAAUUACUUCUCGUGCGAUCUCCCGACCGCCAGUUCUGCCUCUUCGGUUUCGGCGAUCUUCUUGGCAGCAUGGCGGAAGAGCAGCAAGGGUACAUGACGGACAAACAGCGGAAGGCGUUUGCCGUCAUGUGUAAGGCAGGCCCCGUUGCAGGCAGACUGCAAGACAUUGGGAGCAAACAGACGCGCAGCGCGCAGCGUGCCCAGACGAGAAUGAUUGGUCUGGUAAACGACCUGGCCACCCAGCUGCCUGAGUUCAUACCUCCACCACCGCUUAGGUUCAGUGCUGGCUGGAUCUGGAACUUGUUGAUCGAGCCCAAGCAGCUACCGCAUCCACCGUCAGAGACCCUGCAGGAACUUGCUCGGGAGGCCUCUAAUGUGCUGAAUGGGGAGGUUACUGGCCGAAAAGAGUUUGUCGAGGAGAUGAAAAGCUUGCACAAGGAAAUUUCGCAAAUUCUGUCUGGAUUCUGCAGUUGGAAUAACCUCCUUGGCGACGGCAUCUUGGACAUGACCGAACGGUUUCGAGACAUGGAACACAAGGCCAGCAUCAGCAGCGCAGAUGCCAGAGCGACACCCUGGUGGCAACUCAAGGGCGUCCCCCUCAUUGGCAGAAGCCCGCUCAAGGCAAAGACUGUAGGUGAUGUCCAAUCGUGGAUGGACCAGGCCAAGGUGAUACGCAACGAGCUGGUCAUGUGGCGACGGCGCAAAGCCAAGGCCAACGUGGUUUGUAACGUGCUGGUCGAAGGGGCGAGCAAGACCGCCAAGCUCCUCAAGGCCAUGGAGCAAGAGGAGGCGCAUCUUGGGGAGAUGGCACAGGCUGCCGCAGAGCUAGUGACUGAAGUGUCAACGCUAGGCCGUCAUGCAAACAGCGAAGUCUUGCAGAGGUGGAGCAAGAUGGCGAGAGACCUGAGCGUCAGCUACCUGCAGAGCUUUCAGCAGCAUUAUCCAAAGUGUUAA